AUGUCCAAGUCUAGUCUAGAAUCUGGAGAAAGUUGCAAAACUGGAAAUAAAGCUAGAGCUGAUUCUGGACAUGUUGAACUCAAUGGAGGCUAUCGCCUUAGGAGGUCUUCAAGAAAAAGGCAGAGUAUUUGUUACAAUGAAAAUCUAUAUCAUGAAGGUGAUUCUGUGUGUCCUCCCAAAAGGUUGAGGGACAGUAAUAUGUCCAGUGCUACUAAAAAGGAGCAUCAGAAUGCUGCUGUGACUGAUGGGGUAUUUACAAGGGAUAGGCCAACUGAUUCUGCUGCUGCAGCUGCCAUGGAUCGAUACAAGAAAGAACCGAAACAAAAAGCAAGUGCCUCUCAAGAAGAAAGGUUUUGCAGCAAAAAUUGCAAAACUGGUGAGUUUGAGUUGGAGGUAAAGAAAGCAGUAAUCCCAUGCAACAAUGAAACUAAGUACAGAGCUGAUGCUGCUUCUGGACCAAAUUCAUACAUUCCUGAUCCUGAAUUCAACAAGUUUGGGCUUGACGAGGAUAUGCCCAAAAACAUUUUUAGAGCUAAUCAGACAUGGGCUCUUUAUGCUCUAGAAGAUGGCAUGCCAAGAUUCUAUGCUCUUGUCAAGAAAGUGUACACCUCUGGAUUUAAGCUGAAGAUCACCUGGCUGGAGCCAAAUCCAAAUGACCAAGGUGAGAUUGCUUGGUGCAACAAGGAGUUGCCAGUUGCUUGUGGUAAGUACACACUUGGUCACAGUGAAGAAAUUACAAAUCAUCUUAUGUUUUCUCAUCAGAUGCACUUCAGAAGAGGCAGGGGCAGAAACUCUUUUCUGGUAUAUCCUAGGAAGGGAGAAACCUGGGCCCUCUACCACAACUGGGAUAUUGGAUGGAGUUGUGAGCCUGAAAAGCAUGUACCUAACAAAUUUGAAUAUGUGGAAGUCCUGCAAGAUUUUAAACAAAAUGUUGGCAUUGAAGUUGCUUACUUAGGCAAAGCAAAAGGAUUUGUCAGUCUGUUUAAGCAAACUGAGAUGCGCGGGGUUGUGUCUUUUCGAGUGCCGCCUAACGAGCUAUAUAGAUUUUCUAAUCAAAUUCCCUCUGUCAAGCUGACUGGUGAUGAAAGAGAUGGUGUCCCAAAAGGGUCCUUUGAGUUUGAUAUUGCUGCUUUGCCCCAUGAAUGCUGAAACUGAUGUUUUUUUUUUUUUGGUU